CGAGCGGGGAGGCGGCGAGCAGGGAGCCCGGCCGGAGGCGGGGAUGCGGGACCGGCUGCCGGACCUGACGGCGUGUAGGAAAAAUGAUGAUGGAGACACAGUUGUGGUUGAAAGGGACCAUUUUAUGGACGAUUUCUUCCAUCAGGUUGAAGAGAUCAGAAACAGCAUCGCGAAAAUAGCGCAGGACGUCGAAGCUGUGAAGAAAGACCACAGCGUCAUCCUUUCAGCUCCAAACCCGGAAGGAAAGAUAAAAGAAGAGCUUGAAGAUCUGAACAGAGAAAUCAAGAAAACUGCUAAUAAAGUUCGGGCCAAGUUAAAGUCCAUUGGACGGAGCCUGGAGCAGGAUGAGAGCGGGAACCGAGCGUCUGUGGAUCUCCGGAUACGAAGAACCCAGCACUCCGUGCUGUCUCGCAAGUUCGUGGAGGUCAUGACAGAGUACAACGAAGCCCAGACUGUGUUUCGGGAGCGAAGCAAGGGACGCAUACAGCGGCAGCUGGAGAUCACUGGACGGACGACCACCGACGAGGAGCUGGAGGAGAUGCUGGAGAGCGGGAAGCCUUCCGUCUUCAUCUCCGACAUAAUCUCAGAUUCCCAGAUUACUAGGCAAGCUCUCAACGAGAUUGAGUCACGCCACAAAGACAUCAUGAAGCUGGAGACCAGCAUCCGGGAGCUGCAUGAGAUGUUCGUGGACAUGGCCAUGUUUGUCGAGACGCAGGGCGAAAUGGUCAACAACAUAGAGAGAAAUGUCAUGAAUGCUGCGGACUACGUGGAGCACGCCAAAGAGGAAACCAAAAAAGCCAUUAAAUACCAGAGCAAAGCCAGAAGGAAAAAGUGGAUAAUUGUGGCUGUGUCCGUGGCUCUGGUUGCUGUCAUUGCUCUAAUUAUUGGUUUAUCAGUCGGCAAAUGAUGGUGCUGAUGACGUCAGGGAGCAUGCCUCUGCCAGCCUGGCAAAAAUGAUGUUCAUGAUUAUUUGUGUGAUUGUUUUGCUUGUGAUCCUUGGAAUUAUCCUAGCAGCCAC